AUGACUCGUACCCCAACUGCACCAGAAAAGCACAAUCAUGCCUCUGCUAGCAGAUACAUGAGUGGGAGUAGAAUUAGUAACCUGUUUGCUGAGGAAUUAGUGGAGAAGUCUGGUAUAGCCUGGUUCGGGGGGAAGCCUCUGGCUGUCUUCGACGAUGCCUGCGGGACAGGGGCAGUUUCUAGUGCUCUUCAUCGUCGCCUUAGCGAUGAAAUUACCUGCAAUUGGCAGUUGACCUGUGGCGAUAUAUCUGAGGCUAUGGUCGAGGUGUCUAAGCAGAAGAUGGUCGAAGAAGGGUGGCGCAAUGCGGAAGUCAGGGUUGUUGAUGCGCAUAAAACCGAGCUUCCGAGUGAACACUAUACCCAUGUCCUCUCGGGUUUUGCUUUUAACCUCUUCCCAAAUGAUCAAGCUGCAAUGGAAGAGUGCUUCAGGAUACUCCAACGAGGAGGCAUAUUGGCCGUUUCUACAUGGUCCACAACCGUAUGGAUGACUCUGAUUCAGGCCGCCAUCGCAAGUCUACCCAGCGAUCUUCCUACGCCAACCACUGACGACAUUUUUGGUUUGUACAACGAGAAUUGGACCGACGAGACCCGGGUGCGGGCUCUGUUUGAGCAAGCAGGAUUCACAGAUAUCAAUGUUACCACCGUGGCAAAGCAAUACUCAGUGCCAGUACAGGAGCUUGCCGAGGCCUGCAAGAUCAGUCUCCCUCAUAUAACCAGAAAGUUCUGGACGCAGGAGCAGCGGGACAGGUACGAAGCAGAGGUGCCAAAGGCGGCCCUGCGCAUUCUGGAAGAGAACAUGGGGAAGGACGGAGUUGGCGCCAUGAAGGCCGAGGCGAUUAUUGCAACGGCUCGGAAGCCAUGA